AUGCGUAAAAUAUCACUAUGCAGCAGUGCUCUAACAGUUUUUCAGAAAACAACAGAAGAAUGUUUAGAUUCAUCAUCAAUAUUUUCAAGCAAAGCAAUUAAAGUUUACAUUCGUCUGAUGUUUCUUCGAAUAGGUGAAAUUGAUACAUUAAAUGAAAAAUAUCAAGCACAAGCAUCGAUUGAAUCACGUUGGCCUAUUGAAUUUGACAAACUUUUACCAAAUCUAUCUUCUGAUGAACAAACACGUUUAAUACAAGGAAAAUCUAUAUCUCUUAUUAAAUAUGCUGAAUCUAAUUGGCAUCCUCAAUUAUAUAUUGAAAAUAUUCUAAGUGAUUUAAAAGAACAACUAAGAUAUAGUGCAAAAAUAUCUCAAGAAAAUAAUCAAAUAUAUAUUUGUGAACAUCGUGAUAUUAAAGGUAUAUUUUGGGAAAAACUUGAAUUACACCAUUUUCCAUCAGAUGUUCAAGAAUUAUCAAUAUCAGUUGGAUCAAUAUUUUAUGAUGAUAAAGUAAUAUUAAUUGCUGAUCCUUAUCAUUUAAGUGGAAUUAAUCGAGAAGCAUUUGUUGAUCAACAAGAAUGGUUAUUAUACGAACAUGUUGAUACGAAACAAAGAUAUAUAAAAGAAUUUUUAUUUCGAUGUGGUGACGAAGAAGAUGAUAACAAUGACGAUGAUGAUGCAAGUACUGGUACUCACAAAGAACGAAAGCGUUCGAUUUUAACUGUAACUUGUCAUGCUGCUCGUCGAUCAAAUUACUUUUAUUGGAAUGGAUAUUGUCUGAUAUUUCUAAUCACUUUAGUAUCAUUUUGUAUAUUUGCCAUUCCACCAAAUCUAUCAGCUAAUCGUCUUCAAAUUUCUUGUACACUUCUUUUAACAUCCAUCACUUUUCGAUGGACAGUAAACAGAUCACUACCUACAAUAUCAUAUUUAACAGCAAUGGAUAAAUAUGCAAUAAUGUGCCUUUUUAUUCUUGUUAUUCUUUCUAUUUGGCAUGCAAUUAUUGGUAGAUUAAUAUUUCGAUAUACACCUGAUUUUCGCGUAACUUCAGUAACAUGGUUGGUAAAUUUGGAUCAAUAUGUUUUAUAUGCUUCUAUUAGUAUCUAUAUAAUAAUUAAUGGACUACUUCUUAUUUGGUUAUUUUGUGUUCCAUUAAGACAUCGUCGUGAAUUACACCAAAAGGAUAUUCAAUAUCGACAAUUACUAUCAAAAAAAUAUCGAUCGUCAAAGAAAAAAUUACAAAAUAAUUUUGAUUAUAUUCCAAUUUCUGUACAAAGUUAA